UCCUCGAUGACAACCUCAUGAAAACCAGGUUUGUUGACAAUCGCCCCGGUCCAGAUUGGAUUGCGUCCUUUAUGAAGCGAACCAACUUGGCAGCCCGUUGCACUCAAAACAUUAAAAGGGCUCGUGCUAAGGUGUGCCCUAGAACUGUAAAAGAAUAUUUUGACAACCUGGCCCGGACGCUCCAUGGCAUUCCGAAGGAAAAUAUCAUAAACUACGAUGAGACAAACUUUACGGACGAUCCUGGAAGCCGAAGAGUGAUAUGUAGAAGAGGACAGAAGCACGUCGAACGCGUCUUAGGCCACUCAAAAUCAUCAUAUUCCGUCAUGUUCGCUGGCACUGCAGAUGGAAAAACGCUUUCAACGUACGUAGUGUAUGCAGCUCUUCAUCUCUAUCCAACAUGGGUUCAAGGAGGACCUAAAGGUAGCCGCUACAAUCGAACGAAGUCAGGAUGGUUCGAUGAACGGACGUAUGAGGACUGGAUUUUGACAGUUGCUCUUCCGUACUGCAAGAAGAUACCGAAUGAUAAGCCACGAGUGUUGAUUGGAGACAAUGUUGCGUCCCACAUGUCUAUUCGAGCCAUCAAAAGCUGCAUGGAGAACAACAUAAAGUUCGUGUUCCUGCCGCCCAACUCUACCCACCUAUGUCAGCCAUUGGAUGUGGCGUAUUUUGGGCCGCUGAAAAGGCAUGGAGGAGUACGUUGGAACAAUGGAAGAGUAGAAAUAAGGGUUGUGUCCCGAAACAUAUUUUUCCACGAUUGUUGAAAGAAACUUUGGAGUCUAUCAGUGCUACCUCUGAGAAUAACAUGAAAGCAGGAUUUAAGGCGGCUGGCAUUCAUCCGCUAAACAGGUAUGCUGUGCUGAAACGAAUUCCUGGAGGAAAUGAUGAAGAACCA